GUAACAAAGUGGAUUACGAGGCUAACAAAAUUCUUGCUUGAGGAUAGUUGACUAGUUUCAUUUGCCAUAGAUAGUCAUACAUAUUUGCCAGCUGCAUAAAAACAAAUUCGACAGAUGCGUCUGUAAUAUUUCGAACGUACUCGAAGAUAGGCGAUCGCGUUGUGGGUUUUCUAUACCGAAAAAACCAUUUCUGUUCGCACUGGUUGGAUCUAGUGCAAGACGAAAUAUUGUUGACUUCUGAACAUCGUUCUUUACAAAACUAGGAUUUUGAUUCCGGUAUCGUAAUCGAAUAAUGAGUACGGACAAUCGCCGAUACUUUGCACCUCGAUCUCGAACAGCCAUGAGUAUGCAGCCGACAGCGGAGGAUUUGCAUGCAUGGAGCAUUUAUCGCCAAAACAUCAACUCCGAGUUGACCACAAGCGCUUUAGGGGACAAUCCGAAAGGAGGUGCUUUGCCGUAUGGAAAUUUUGCUUUACGGCCGCAUCAGGUGGAUGCGAUUCUGCAUCGUGCAAAGCGGGCCAGCGUUGGGGCGUCAUCCGAACUGCUCAACUCCACUAACGCUAUGACCUAUUUGAAAUUCGGCCUACCCCGCGUAUCGGUGCCUAAUCUGAAAUCAACUGGAACUUCAACGCCAGACACCACACCCAGCAAAGCCAUCCGAUUGUACGGAUCUCGCGGUGUCCUGACGCAUCCCGAACCGGCAUUUGACCGCAACUCGCGGCUGCGCAAGAGUCGCAGCGAAAUGGACAUCCGCAAAGCAUCACGACUGGGUCAUCCCGUAUUAGUCAACGACAAUCCGCGCGGCAACGCCGCCGGUCGUGACCACAUCAGUUUGCCGGUUCGCAGCCCAAGUGAAGGGGAUAUCAAUCGCAUUGACCAGUUCCGUCCGCUACAUCGAAUGCCGGGUCCAUCAACCUCCGAAGGUCACUACACCGGCAGUGUUUCCUACCGGCAUUCUAACAGUAAAAUCGACACCGGCUCGUUCCUGGUGGCUCCAUCCAAGCACGGAGGUCAUGAUGGGCAGCAAGUAGACGAGCACCUUGUGACAAAGCGUAAUGUGGAGCGCAAGAAAAGCUUCAGUACUAAUUGUAAAGCCCCUUCAAAAUCAGCGGAUUAUUCACUCAUCGAAAUCGAAAGCGGUACAAUUUCAAACGUCCAGCACAUUGGUAUCGGUCAACCAGAACCAGAUGCGCGAUAUGCUCCAUAUCCCCACUCAAAUACUGACCCUGAACGGGAAGAUACGAGUUACGUGUCACCAAUCAUGCUGAAUGAAAAGUAUUUUUUGAACGGCAGCACCUCUCCUAACCGCGCUGAAUCGAAAAGCCACACGCGGAACCUGUUUUCCACCAUUCAGCCCCAUUUACAAGUUCGAAGCUUAAGUCUGACGGAAACCGAAAGCAGGAAGGCAGCGUACAGUUUUAGUUCGGUGACCUUUGAAGCGAAAGCCGGCGAUCUCGUGGGUAUUGUCUCGACGUCGGACAAACAGGGUGACGAUUUCCUAAAUGCUUUGAUUAAUCGACGCGGGAAAUGGGGAUCAUCGUUGAAAGGCGCCAUUACAUACAAUGGCGUGAAUGUGGAUCCUAUGCAGUUAGCCCAUCGGGCAGUAUACGCCGGAACCAAUCUGGACUUCAAUCCCAAUAUGUCGCUGAAGCAGACUGUCCUGUUCGCCAGCCACCUGGCCGAACCAGGAGAAGCAAACCGCAAAACAGAUACACGGGGAAGGAUCGAAGCAUUAAUCGGGGAUCUUGGCCUGUCUAAUGUGGCUGCCACUAGAGUUGGUGAACUCACGUGUUCCGAAAAACAACGACUAAACAUUGCUUGUCAAUUGCUGAUCGAUCCUGAUUUAGUGCUUCUGGAUCGUCCAACCUUGAAUAUGGACAUAUUCGAUACAUUUUUUCUGGUCGAGUAUCUUCGACAGUGGGCUUUGCGUGGACGCAUCGUGAUCAUGACCUUUCAACCUCCGACAUUUGAAAUCUUCAAUAUGCUCUCGCGAGUCCUUAUUCUCUCAAACGGAUGCACGUUGUACUCUGGAAAACGCAAAGACAUGAUCACAUAUUUCGAGCUACUGGACUUUCCGUGUCCCACCCAGAAGAAUCCGGCGGACUACUACGUCGAUCUUGUAUCGAUUGACCAAACCACAAAAGAUGCCCAUGAAGAAUCCAUCCAACGCAUAAACCAUCUCGCAUCUGUUUUUUCCCAACGCCAGCCGAGGUUAUCGGAUCUGCAGGCGCAACCGGGAAUUUUGCCACCUAAAAUCUGGAAAGCCGGGUUUAUUUGGCAGAUUGUAGUGCUGUGGAUCCGCGCUCUUAUUUUCAUGUUCCCUUAUAAUCUCAUUGAUGCCAUGUAUCAGAUUGUUCAAUCUGUUGCAAUGUCGGUUUUGAUUGGCAUUGUGUUUUUUGGAAUAAACAAAAAUCAGGCUUCCGCCGAUGACCGCAUGGGCCUCCUCUACGUACUUCUCUCCAUUGGUUUCUGGCCAAUCGUCAUACGCAUUAUCCAAAAAGAAUACAACAACAAACGGUGGAUUUACAGGGAGCUUGAAAACCGCAUGUAUUGCAAAGGAGCCUAUCUUAUUGCAAAGCUCCUCUAUUCGAUACCGGUCACGGCAAUCUCCAUUGGUUCAUACGUUGUUCCGGUGUACUUUAUGUCCAGAUUGCGGCAGGAUGAGGAUUUUCGACCUUUUUUCUUAUACGUUGCCAUGUUGUACCUACACCUAUUAACCUGGCGCAUUGUCGCUAAACUCGCCGUAUACCUCUUUUCGUCCCCGGGAUGGACUGUUAGCUUCAUAACAAUAUUUGCUACGCUGUCGUUUUUGACUUCCGGUUAUCCCGUGCAUCCUAACCAGUUGUCGCCAGUGUUCAAAUGGUUUGACUGGAUUUCGCCAACGCAGUACGCAUUCAGUCAACUGGCGCAAAUGGAAUUUCAUGGUGUGGACAAACUUGAAUGCCAAAAAAUCCCUGUUCAAAUCGGUGGUCUACCAAUUCUAACUAGCCCAAACUGUGGACUGGAGAGUGGACGGGACGCCAUAAGCUUUCUUGGUUUGUCUCGACAUUUCGGAAUUGCCUUGGAAAUCUGGAAACCAUUUGUGGCUGUUGCCGUAAUUGACACAGUAAUGCUUUUCCUGUGCGCGAUGGCUUUCCUGCUUGUUGACCAGCGGCCAAAUACACGUGAAUCUUAUACGUAUUAAUGCGAUUAAGUUACUGUUAUUAUGCCUUCUGCAAAUUUGAUGGUGUAUAAAAACAUGAUCUAUGACAAUAGUUUUGGUUGUUUUCCUGUUUUUCCGUAAGUGUUAUUUAUUUCAGCCAUGAUCUUCAUUUUUGAUUGUUCUAGCACUAUUUUUUGAAUAAUAUAAAUUUAUUGCCCUGUAAACUUAAAAAAUAAAACAUACGGAAAAACAGGAAACUGCACUUGUAAACGGAAUCCACUGGUAUGCAGUAAGCUGCAAUCUGGUACAUCUUU